GGGUGUGGUGUCCUUGUGCUGGGUGGUGGCUCUGGCUCCGGGCUAUCCCGCCUCCUGCUCUCCAAAGUCCGCCGUCAUGAGUUCACCUACUAAUUCAUGUUUGAGCGAUUCAGGGCGCGCCCCGCUGCAGGGGAAGGAGGGAGGGAGGGAAGGAGGGAGGGAGGAGAGAGAGAGGGAGGGAGAGCGGAAGACGCCAGAGCCACACUCGGACGCCGGCACCCUCUGUCCCAGCCGCUCCUGACUGGACUGGACUGGCGACACAGGCUUACCUGUAUCUGGAGUUUACCUGCGCAGCAGCCGGGCGGCGGCGGCGACGAUGACCGAGGGCUGUCGCGUCUGCUCCGCGCGACUGAAGGGCAACCAGCGGCGAUGGAUCUUCAACGAGCGGUCGUCGGUCGACCUGCGGGCCGUCCUGUCCCACGUCCUGCGCCGCCCGCUGUCCCGGGACCAAGGUGACGGCGAGUUCGUGUGCGGCAAAUGCGCGGCGGCUCUGGAGAGAGUCCAGCGCUUCGACGGGGUGGUCGCUCGGGUCCAGAGCCUGUCGCUGGAGCGCAUCCGGCGUCUCCUGGCCGAGCGCGACCGCUUGUCCGACCUCUUGCGCCGCUUGCACGGGCAGGCGGGGUCGGGGGACACGGGAGAGCGGGAGGAGGCGCGGCGCGACUAUGCCGCUCUGCUGAGCGAGGACAUGCGUCUGGCCGCUUUUGAGAGCUGGUCAGACUUUGGCCAGCCCGCCCGGUGUCCAUGCCAGAACCGCCGAUGCUACGGCUGCCGCGCCCUGCGCGUCCCCGACUCGCAGUACGACGCCGUGUGUCGCGUCCCGCGGCGCCUGGCCACCAGCCGCCUCUCCCGCAGUCAGUCGGCGGGGGACUCACUCGAUGCCAGCCCCUCGCCCGGUGGCUCCGACUCGCCCUGGGCCACCCGCUGCCGCUCGCCCGCCUCUCUGCCCGCCAGCUCCGAGUGGGACGGGGAGACGGAUGGGAGCGACGAUCUGUCGCCCUGGCCCUGGACCGGUGCUGGAGCGGACCAGGCGCUGGCCGCCCUCGCCCGUCAGCUGCAAGCCGUGGCCUAUCGGCCCGUCCGCCGCCCGCCGCGCUGCAAGCUCCCGGUGUUGAUUGGGGUUGGUACGGGCCCGUCCACACCGAGGCAAAGGAUCAGCUUCGCGGGGGACGAGGAGGGCGAGCCCGGGUUCGCGGACGAGUAUCGCCCCUUCAACCUCCAGGUGAGUGUGUCUUCCACACCGCUCUCCCCGUCUCUGCAAACCCCCUCCCCUCCGGUCCCCACACCCCUCUCCCCGCGGUAG